GACUUAUUUAACCCAUGAAUUUUCCACAAACUCAAAUCUCCUAUACACACGCUGUUAAUAAUUUACACGUGAAAGUAUCAUCAUGCCUACUCCAACAUAUCUCAUAUCUAGAGUUGGUGAUCCAAUCUUUGCCCUAUUCAUUGGGGUAGGGGCAACGGUGACUCGUAUCAACAGAGAAGAAAAGGAACAAGGACGCACCACCCAGCAAACAAUCGAUUCGGCAUUCAGAAGAAUUGGCUUUCCUCGUUCGGAUGAUCCUUUGGCGAAGAAGAAUUAAGAGUUGCGGAAGGAGCUCUCGAUCGGUCGGUGUGCACAAAAUGCUUCAAGGAAGGCGCAUGUCAUGCUCUAUAUCUUAAGACUUUCUUUCCAUUUAAAUAGAUAUUCAUCAUACAACAACAAGUAUUUCACCAAUUUGCAUUCCUGGAAUAGCAGUAGUGCAACUGUCAGCACUCUAAUCUCACUCCA